GUAGUAUUCAAUACAAGAUUAUGCUCAUGUCAAUGACGCCUUGUAAGUGACUUAAUAUCUAUUUGUCGCGUCCUUAGUAACCAACAUGAGUUUAAGCGAUACAUAGUUACAGUAUAAUUUUACAACAGAUUUCUAAAAAAAAAUCUGAUUUUUCGCUACCUAUUCAAAUCUCUUCCUCAUUGUAAAUUGAUAAAGAAAGGACCUUAUUUAAUUGCCUAUCAUCAACCAAAAAAACGCCAAAAAGUAAGAGAGUAAUCUAUUUAUAGUUAUUUAUUGUUGUAAGAGCUGUAUUCACAAGUCGCCCAAACUCAAGACAAGUAUCUUAUCAACAGCGUUAUUAAUAUACUAAAGAUUUUGUUACCUGUAUCGAGUAAGAAGUGGGGAAUAUUGAGUAUGGUAUAUUUAAUUAAUUAGUUAAUACCGAUCGACUACAUGGUGUCGUAUUGAUCGCGACACAUAGGCGAUAUCAAUCAAGUCAGUAGGGUAUUGUGUCUUAUUUACUGCGACAAUAGGGUGUCGAAAAGAAGAAGUCAUUUAUUCCAUUUUCGUUAAAUAAGGUAGCCAUAGGGUAGGAAUUGGACUGAAGUAAUAUUUGCAUUACCCGAUCAUAUUAUUCAAGAAAUCCAGGAUAUGUGCCGAAGGAUGGCUGGCAGCAAAAGUUAAAUUGAAAGACCAGAAUUGGCAAGAAGAACAGUCCUACCCUUUGAAGAGUUUUCAAUAUGGCGUCUUCGUUUCUUGGUCCCGAAUCACCUAAGCCGUAUGCCGUUAUCUCUGAAAGUUACGAACCCUGGUUUAAUAUUCCGAGAUUUACCAAAAAUGACGAUUUGAGUUUUGGUGAAGUUUACGAAGAAAAGAUGCGAGAAUAUCUGUACAAAUAUUUGGAUAUUGGAACCACGGAUAAAAUUUGUUACGUCGGAGAAUUCCGGGACAGUAUUGUUGACAUUCUUCAAGACAAGUUCUGUCUUUUGACACCAAUCACCAAGGUGUUUCCCGCGCAUUUCCACUACGCACACACCGACCACAAUAGAAUAUUACCCAUCAGAAUUAAGAAUGUUGGAACAGAGGAAUAUUUCCGACGAAUGGCGGAACUCCCUGAUAACGAACGCAACGUUUUUGACAAAAUCAUCUUAAAGGAUACUGCUCAUUUCUUGGAGAAUCCCCGAGAAGUCUAUAAAAACAUUUUAAAAUGUCUGAGUGAAAAGGGAUUAUUGUUAAUCAUUGAUAGGCCUACUCCUCUUAAUACGUUGCCUAUCUCAGAAUUGGCGCGAAAAAGAUUUGAGGAUUACGAAGCGCCGUAUAUGAGAAUUCUCAAAGACUUACAAGACAGCCAUCUCCAUGCUGAAUGGGAGAUAGAAACUAUCCCCAUAGUGAUACAGAAACGUAAAUGGUACACAUUACUGAAGGAAAAGUAUCCGCCAAGAUUUCGCGCGCUUUCUCACGUGGAGGUCAUGUCAAGUGUGCGUGAGUUAACGGAAGGAGUAAUGAAGUACCACGAACCUAUUGUCCAGUUCUCAGACCGUCUUCUCUUCAUUACUGCCUGUGCGCCUCAAAAUCCCUUAGUGUACCCAAAUCUUCAGCGUUAUAGUCGCAAUGAGUACGUUCCGUUUCCAGGCUUACAGAGAACUUAUGAGCUAGAAGUUACUCCUGAGUUAGAGAGUAUGGUUACACCCAGGAAAAAGAAAGAGGGUGAACCGUUUAAGUUUUUGUGGUGAUUGGAGAGCAGUCACCAACAAUCCAUCGUGUGUAUUUACCUUUAACCCAGCUUUAUCGUCAAACUCAUUGUAUCCCUGGCAUUAUUCAAGGGAUUGGACACUAUCCUUAGCAUUAUUUUAUAUAGAAGUAAAGUGAUUCAAACUUAAAUUAAUAGAUAACAAUGUUGUUCAUUCAUUUUUCAAGCACGGUGAUAUUUUUUUUGAAAUUACGAAGCUUUAAUUAUUCACGAUGUGCAUGUAUGGGCGUUAUAAUAUAGGGUCCAUGGUGUAUCCGUUGAACGGCGGCGCAUAUAGCACUUAGACCUGCCAUACUAUCUCGCUAACCAGAAUUAUGGGAGUGGUUUCAGAAUCUGCCGAAUAACUUUUCUGAACCCUAAAUCAUUUUCGAUUUUCAUAAAAAUUGAUAAUCAAGACUUUGAUUGUGUAUGUCUUAAAUAUCUUAAACUGUAUAUUUAACCUUUAUUCUGACAUGUAGAGAUUCUAGUUUAUUAAUAUAUUAUUCUGGUGCUUUAAAGUGAUAAUAAAUUCUGUUGGGAUAUGGCGGAUCCGACAGAUAACAAUAAAAAUGAAUAAAGAGGAACUCUCUCCUUUAAGUGGGAGAUAUAGUGGACUUGCUUUAUGUAGAUAUAUUAUUAGCAUAUUUAUUCCAUUAUUCAUAUUGUUAAACCUUCUAGAAUUUUUAGUUUGUUGCUAAUGUUAUUAUAUUAUGCAAUUAUUAUAAUUAGACGCAAAUAAAACGGUUUUAGCUUUAA